CCCGCCGCCGCCGGGACGUCAUCAGCAGGGGCCGGAGAUGGCGGCGCCCUCGGCCCCGCGGCCGCCCCGGCCCCGCAAGGAGCCGCAGCCGCUGGUCAUCCCCCGGAGCGCGGCCGAGGAGCAGCGGCUGCGGCUGGAGCGGCUCAUGAAGAACCCGGAUAAGACUGUUCCAAUUCCUGAAAAACUAAAUGAAUGGGCUCCACGCCCUCCCCCGGAAUUUGUGAGAGAUGUUAUGGGUUCUAGCGCCGGAGCCGGCAGUGGGGAAUUCCAUGUGUACCGACAUCUUCGUCGGCGAGAGUACCAGAGGCAGGAUUUCAUGGAUGCCAUGGCUGAGAAGCAAAAACUGGAUGAGGAAUACCAGAAGAAACUGGAGAAGAAUAAGAUGAUUGCAGAGGAGCAGACAGCGAAACGCAGAAGGAAGCGCCAGAAGUUAAAAGAGAAGAAACUGCUGGCUAAGAAAAGUAAACUUGAGCAAAAGAAGCAUCAAGAAGAGUCCGACCAGUCUCAAGAGCAACAGACCAGUGAGGAAGAAGAUGAGGAUACUAAAGAGGAGGAAGAGAAGGAGGAGGAUGUAGAAGAGCCCAGCUUUGUGAUGGGAAGAUGAUGAUAAUGCAGUGGCAGCUGGAAACAACGUUCAUUACUUUAUGUUCAGGAACACAGAAGCUUUCAUCUCAGCUGGACAGAACCCAUUAGCAUAUGUUGUACCUGCUUGACAGUGGAGGUGUGACCUUCACAUCUGAGUCCCAAAGGCUUUUGGUAGAAGGCUGCCAAAUAAGAGUAUUUUCAUAACUGCUUGUAUAACUGCUGUGCAGUCUGCUAUAAGGUUGCUCUAAUGAGACAGCCACAAGCCUGCGUUACCCUAGAGUUCUUUCUAGCAUGGCCCAAAGUGUUUUCUGGCUGAGAUCUAAAACAUAUCCAUCAACGUUUAGGGCAGAGUCUACCCUGAAGGCUAUGUACACAACAUUCAUUGAAAUCAAUAGGAAUGGGAUGUAUGACUCUGAGGGCAGAAUUUAGCCUGAAGUAAAGAUUGGUCUGGGCCCAAAUUUCCCCACACUGUGAGUGUUUUCAAUUUGGGGUUUUGUAUUGGGCCUGUCUCUAACCCAAAUAAGUUGGUUUCUGUUGCUAGACAGGUGUGAUAGGUAUUGAAACAGAGGAAUUCUUUUCUUUUUAUUGCUCAGAUGUGCCCUAUUACUUUCUUUUUAAAUUUUUCUAGUAAUAAAAAGGGAAUGUCUGA